GAUAAAAGCCCCGGCUCCUUCAUCGCCCCUUCCCUCUCUCAGGGCGCUCUCUCUCUCUCUUCUCACCCAACCCCACCAAACCCUAGAGAGAGCGAGGGAGAGAGAGAGAGAGAGAGAGAGAGAGAGACUCGAACUCUUCGAUCUCAUCGCCCCUUCCCCCUCUUCCACGAUCGGAGACGAUGGAGUCCGGAUCCAUGAAGCCGUCGCCGCUCGACCUCCUUACCGCGAUCCUCACCGGGAAGCGCCUCGGCGGCGGCGGCGUUGGCGGCGCGGCGCCGGAGUCGGAGGCGAUCGCCGAGGCCCGGGACCUCCUGAUGAUCCUCGCUACCUCCCUCGCCUUGCUCGCCGGGUGCGCCGCGCUGAUCCUGUGGCGGCGCUCGGUCGCCGCGGGGGGGAAGAAGAAGCAAAGUAAGGCGGUGGAAGCGCCGAGGCCGCUCGUAGUGAAGAAGGAGGCGGAGGCGGAGGUGGACGAUGGGAAGAAGAAGGUCACCGUCUUCUUCGGUACUCAGACCGGGACGGCGGAGGGGUUCGCGAAGGCACUCGCGGAGGAGGCUAAAGCGAGAUACGGCAAGGCCACCUUUAAAGUCGUUGAUUUGGAUGAUUAUGCUGCUGAGGAUGAUGAAUAUGAGGAUAAAUUAAAGAAAGAGAGCGUAGCUUUAUUCUUCUUGGCUACGUAUGGGGAUGGUGAGCCAACUGAUAACGCUGCUAGGUUCUACAAAUGGUUUUCAGAGGAGAAUGAGAGGGGAAAUUGGUUGAAGAAUCUUCAGUAUGCAGUGUUUGGUCUGGGCAACAAGCAGUAUGAGCAUUUCAAUAAGGUUGCUAAGGUGGUGGACGAGCUCCUCGCUCAACAGGGUGGGAAGCGCAUUGUUCCUGUUGGUCUUGGAGAUGAUGAUCAGUGCAUUGAGGAUGACUUCACUGCAUGGAAAGAGCUUCUAUGGCCAGAGUUAGAUCAGUUGCUCCGAGAUGAAGAUGCUGCUUCAGGAGCAUCAACUCCUUAUACUGCUGCUAUCCCUGAAUACCGGGUCGUAUUUAUCAACAGUGAAGAUGCUGCCCACUUGGAAAAGAGUUGGAGUCUUGCAAAUGGCCAUGUUGUUCAUGACAUCCAACAUCCAUGCAGGGCUAACGUGGCUGUUCGGCGGGAGCUUCAUACCCCAGCUUCUGAUCGGUCCUGCAUUCAUCUGGAGUUUGACAUUGCUGGCACCGGUCUUACGUAUGAAACAGGAGACCAUGUAGGUGUAUUCACAGAAAACUGCCUUGAGACAGUAGAGGAGGCAGAAAAGCUAUUAGGUUAUUCACCAGACACAUUUUUCUCCAUUCAUGCCGACAAAGAGGAUGGCACACCACUUGGCGGUGGUUCAUUGGGCCCUCCCUUCCCAUCUCCUUGCACUUUAAGGACUGCUCUUGCCCGAUAUGCUGAUCUUCUUAACUCACCAAAGAAGAGUGCUCUAAUUGCAUUGGCGGCUUACGCAUCUGAUCCUAGUGAGGCAGAGCGGUUAAGAUUUUUGGCUUCUCCUGCUGGGAAGGAUGAAUAUUCUCAGUGGGUAGUUGGUAGUCAGAGGAGCCUUCUGGAAGUUAUGGCCGAGUUUCCUUCAGCAAAGCCUCCUCUGGGAGUUUUCUUUGCAGCUGUUGCUCCACGCCUGCAGCCUAGAUACUACUCAAUAUCUUCUUCACCCAGAAUGGCACCAACAAGGAUUCAUGUGACAUGUGCUUUAGUGCAUGGCCCAACACCAACAGGAAGGAUUCACAAAGGAGUCUGCUCAACUUGGAUGAAGAAUUCUGUUCCAUCGGAAGAGAGUAAUGAAUGCAGUUGGGCGCCUAUUUUCGUGAGACAAUCAAACUUCAAACUGCCCUCUGAUCCUUUAGUGCCGAUUAUUAUGAUCGGCCCAGGAACAGGUCUUGCACCUUUCAGGGGCUUCUUGCAGGAAAGGCUAGCUCUUAAAGAGUCGGGAGUGGAGCUUGGUCAUUCUGUUCUCUUCUUUGGAUGCAGAAACCGCAAGAUGGACUUCAUCUACGAGGAGGAACUGAGCAAAUUCGUUGAUGAGUGUGCACUUUCUGAGCUCAUUGUUGCUUUCUCUCGUGAGGGUCCAACCAAGGAAUAUGUGCAGCACAAAAUGGCUGAGAAGGCCCCAGAAAUCUGGAAAAUAAUUUCUCAGGGUGGUUAUAUUUAUGUAUGUGGCGAUGCUAAGGGCAUGGCUAGAGAUGUACACAGAAUCCUCCACACCAUAGUUCAAGAGCAGGGAUCCCUGGAUAGCUCGAAGACGGAGAGCAUGGUGAAAAGUUUGCAGAUGGAAGGGAGAUAUCUUAGGGAUGUGUGGUAAAACAGUGUUACCUUCAAUAGCUUCUACCUUUAAGAGUGAUAAAAACGUCGUUGCAUCAACACACUUUGCAGUAUCUUCUGAACGGCUACUAGUGAACCUCAGCAAGAGAAUAUGGGUGCUUUCAGGAGAAGCCUCCGAUAUAUUGGGCUGUUGCUUUUUUUAUUUAAAAGCUUUUUCAGAGUCUGCUUUUGUUGUCUUCAAUAUGUGAUUCUUUUGACUCCUAACUAGGAUUUAUUUCAUGUAUCAUACGGAGCAAUAUUUAAAUUAUCGGAAAUACAAGGACUGUUUUUAAGUAUAUGUUGA